ACCUAAUGCAAACAAAGCAUCGGGAGAGAGCACAAGCAAGCCUUCAAGACAGCAAUACAACCUCCAAACGCUAACCUAAGCAAACAGAAGGGAGAAGAAAUGUCUGCAGAGAGCUUCUUCAUGGACGACCCAUUUUUUACCCAGUCCCACUUGUUAUGGCCCAGGCGCAUCAUGGCUCUUUCCGGUUUCAGAGAGGACUUCCUCCGCCGUAGAGGUCAACUGAUCCAGAGCCUGAGGAAUGAGAUCAGGAGUGACUUGAUGAAUGAGCUCAGUCAGGAGCUCCACCGAGAGUUCUUCCACGAUCAGCCUUCCUCCAGGUUCCCCAGCUCGGACACAGAGCAGAACAAAAAGCGAGAUCUGUCUUUUACUCUUGACACUCAGGGGUUCUCCCCAGAAGAUGUCACUGUGACAGUAUCCGGGGGACAGCUGGAGGUAACGGCGGCCAAGCAGGCAGAGAAAGAAGGUUCCUCUUCUUCUACCAAAACUAAUGGAGACUCCCAGCCUGAAGGAUUUGUUCAAACUGUGAAGCUCCCCGACCACGUGGAUUCAUCCACCUUGACCUGUUCACUUGGAGAAGAUGGUCUUCUGCAUAUUGAGUCACCAGAGUCUAAAGACCAGACCUCAGAGGAGCAUGUCAUUCCCAUUCGAUUCAGAACAUGUCUGAACUUUCCCAUCAAAAAGGACAGCACAAACAAAAAGGAGGUUGGAGAUGAGAAGUCAAACUAGACUGGCGGUGCAUUAUGAAUUGUACUAUUGUUUAUAUUAAGUAAAUGGAUGUGAUUGCUGUAACUGUAAAUUUUUUGUUCUAAAUUGUUUUCAUAAUAAAUUUAUAAUUGAUUGGUA